AUGUCUUCAUCGUCUAUAUUUCUACAUGAUUUUCUUGUUCCUAAUGAUGGUUCGCAAGGAGCGUUCGAUCAAUUAGGAAAUAUUGCUCCUGAACGAAUUAACUAUCGACGUGAGCGAAGUCCUUCUCUUGAAGAUAAUGAAUCAAUAUUCAAAUCAGUGCGUACAGAUUAUCGACCAGAUUCAAUAUCCGAUCCUCCUCUUGCUCGUCGACGUGUUGCUAAAAAGAGUACAAUUACUAAAUCUAUACCAUCCAGCAAUAAAAACCCAAUAAUGCAUCAAAAUACCCGACAAACAAUAAAUGAUGACAAUUACGACGAAAUGACUGAAUACAAUUCACCAACACGACAAUCAACAACAUCCAUUAAUAACAAUGAAGAAAUCGGUCUUAGUCGAAUACCUGAUCAACCCUUAUUACCAACAUUUAGUGAUAAAAUUCAACAUGAACUUCUGAUGGGAAAUCCCGAACCAGUUAUGAAUGAAUUAAUACGAGAAGCGGCUGAUUUCUAUAUGAAUGUUUAUCCACAAUUGACACACGGUGUUGAAUAUAAAAAAAUUGGUAUCGCACUUAUCAAUGAAUAUCCUUGUUUAGCAUGUGAAGAUACAAUUAAUCCUCAUGGUUUAAUUACAUCUCGAUUAUCUGCUCGCAUACGUAAUGUACGCCGAAAAAUGCGUACACGAGAACAAAAAUGUCAAAUGCGUGGAACGAUUUAUUAG